UGAAGUUCGAGUUCUGUUCAGUAAGAUAACAUAUCUACAUUCAAUUAGCUGAGCUCACAAAGUUAUUCUAACCUUGUCUUUAUGUUGGAUCAACGUUUGCCCAUCUAUGGCAAUAGUAAUAGUAAUAAAAGCUAUGGUAAUAGUAGUAAGGAUCUAACUACCCCUCAAAAAAACAAUCGGCAACAUGGCCACAUUACUGCCCAUGAACUAUUCCAAUGGUUCAGCACCACUGACGCCUUCAAAACAUCUUUCUCUUCGUUUCUCUGUCCAUCUGUCCUCCAAGAAAACAAGAAGAUGGCUAGACGCUGAUGCCGUAAAACUACCACGCUAUCAUUCGCUUCAACUUCAACCACUAAGCAAAUCCAAAACUGGUCCCAUAUCAGCAACGAUGGCUACUGGAAGCGGGAAAGAAGUUCUUCCACCAGUUCUUACUUCUAAUUCAGAACCACCUCCAGUUUUUGAUGGAACAACAAGGUUGUAUAUAUCGUACACAUGUCCCUAUGCACAGCGUGUGUGGAUUACCCGGAAUUGCAAGGGACUUCAGGACAAGAUAAAAUUGGUUCCUAUUGAUUUACAAGACAGGCCUGCUUGGUACAAGGAGAAAGUGUAUCCUCCUAACAAGGUGCCUUCACUGGAACACAAUAACGAAGUGAAAGGAGAGUCUCUUGAUUUGAUUAAAUAUAUUGACAGUCACUUCGAUGGGCCGUCACUUUUUCCUGAUGAUCCUGCAAAGAAGGAAUUUGCAGAGGAUUUGUUUUCCUACACUGGUUCAUUCAGCAAAGCCAAUAAUUCCACAUUCAAAGGAGAAGCAGAUGAGGCUGGUGCUGCAUUUGAUUAUAUUGAAACCGCUCUUUCCAAAUUUGACGACGGGCCCUUUUUCCUUGGGCAGUUCAGUCUGGUGGAUAUAGCUUAUGCUCCAUUUAUCGAAAGAUUUCAGCCUGCCUUGCUGGAAUUUAAGAAGUAUGACAUCACUGCGGGAAGGCCUAAACUGGCUGCUUGGAUUGAGGAGAUGAACAAAAUAGAGGCUUACAACCAAACCAGGCGCGAGCCAAAGCAGCAUGUUGAAACCUACAAGAAACGCUUUGCGGCUCAUCUUUGAGACUUUGGAGUUCCAUCUCUUUUUUAAAAUAAAAUAAUUAUGUCCAGAUUUUCCAGUGGUAGCUCCAGGAUUUCUUUCAUAACAAAUCGUUCGGCAAACCUUUGAGAAAUCAUCAGUGUUCUCUUGUCAUAGUGGUUCGCUGUUUUAAUACGGAAAUAUUGAUCAUAAGCUUGUCUUCCCAGAGGCAUUUAAGAAAAAUGGUAGCUAAUAAUACACUUCUCUGACCAUGUUUCUUGCGCAGGCUCAUUUGUGAAACUAUGGUGCCGUCUCUACCAUGAAAUUAAAUUAUUUAGUGCAGAUUUUUCUACGAAAGCUUUGUGUGUGUGUGUGUAUUGGUUAAUGGUGCUAGUAGAAGUGAACAAAAUACUAUGGGGCUAGUUUGGCCUCCUUUGUGCUUGUUGGGUGUGACUUUUGCGUUGUGCUUCGAGAUGAAAAAUAAGGAACUGUUGGAUAA